AUGUCUUACAACAAGCCUGAGAAGGACUUCGGCGAGGGCCCCAAGAUCCACAAGAUUCGCAUCACCCUCACCUCCCGCAACGUCAAGUCCCUCGAGAAGGUCUGCCAGGAGCUCAUCGACCGUGCCAAGAACAAGGAGCUCCGCGUCAAGGGCCCUGUCCGUCUCCCCACCAAGGUCCUCAAGGUCACCACCCGUAAGACCCCUAACGGUGAGGGUUCUAAGACCUGGGACACCUUCGAGAUGCGCAUCCACAAACGCCUCAUCGACCUCCACGCCCCUACCGAGGUCGUCAAGCAGAUCAUCAUCAACAUCGAGGCCGGUGUUGAGGUUGAGGUCACCAUCGCCGCAUAA